AUGAGGAGCACAGUGCUCCUGAAGCUACUCUGGACUCCCCUCUUUCUGAUACUGUGGGGCACCUGGCCUGUCCUUGGGGACAAUGACACGGAUGUGCGCCACCCGGUCAGCGGUCUCACCCAGUGCGGCGAGUACAGCAACCAGGUGACGGCCAACGGAAGGUGCCACUUGGUGGCCACGCUGCCCCUACUGGCCGAGCAGCGCUGCCCGGACAUGUUCCGCUGCACGGACGAGGUCUCCUACUGGCUGCACGAGAACGAAGAGCGCAAGCAGCAGAUGGUUGACUUGAAGGAGACCAUCUCCGAGCUGCAGGAGGAGCUACGCAACCACAGGCAUCGCAUCAACGUCCUGGAGAUGCAGAAUGAGGAUAAGAAGGGCCUCAACUCAUCCCUGGAGCACCGGUUCCGUGUCCUGGAGCAGCAGUACGCUGAGGCCAGCACGCUGCUCCACAUCCACGGCUCGCUCAUCUACGACAUGCAGACGCAGAUCCACAACCUCUCCGUUCUGGCGGAGAAGGUGCGCCGCAACCCCGGCUGCAUGAUCAACAUCCUCCGCACGACACCCCUCCUCAGCACCCAGGAGGCCCUGCACCCAGAGGUCCAGCAUGUGAGGAACUGCCCCAUCGACUGUGCCUCCCUUUACUACAAUGGGGUUCACAGGUCUGGGAUCUACAUCGUGGUGCCCUCGCUGGGAGCGGUCCCUGUCGAAGUCUUCUGUGACAUGGACACAGAAGGUGGAGGUUGGACUGUGAUCCAGAGGCGCCAGGAUGGCUCUGUCAACUUCAACCGUAGCUGGAAGGAGUACAAGGAGGGCUUCGGGGACCUGCACACAGAGUUCUGGCUCGGCAACGAGCACAUCCACCAGUUGUCCAGCCAGGGGGACUACACGCUACGCAUCGACCUGGAAGACUGGAAUAACAAGCACAAACACGCCCUCUACGAAAGCUUUCGUACUGAGAAUGAAGAGAGCCAGUACCGUCUCCAUGUCACCGGGUUCAGUGGGACUGUGGAGGACUCCUUCAGCUGGUACCACAACAAGCAGAGCUUUAGCACCCCAGACACGGGCAACAUCUGUGCCGAGAUCUCCCAUUCCGGCUGGUGGUACCACCAGUGCUUCUUCGCCAAUCUCAAUGGGGUCUAUUACAAGGGAGGUCGUUACUCGUCCAAAGGCAAGAACCUCCUGGGCCCUGACGGGAUCGUGUGGUACAGCUGGAAGGACUCUGACUACUAUUCGCUGAAGAAGGUGAGCAUGAUGAUCCGUCCACGCACGUUCCGGCCACGUCUGUCUCCAUGACAACAGUGAUCACAUGGUGUAAAGGUGGUUGCAGAAUUGACUUCACUGUACAUAAAGACUUUUAAGCCUCAUACUGCACAAAACAAAUGACACAAAAUGCAACUUUUAAACCUGCCUCCUGCCCAAUAACUCUGGUAAAAGAUAUAAAAACACUUUUACCAGUUACAGCUUACUGUAAUAUAGCUGGAUUGUUUACAUUUUGCCUCUAAACAUGCCUCCAGUCAUUUUUCCUUAUUCAU